UAACAAAGAAAUUUCCACCACUCGAGCAUUCUCAUCUCAAAUCCAAAGCAAGGCAGUCGUCGGAAGAGAGCUGAACAAUUAAACAAAAUAAUGAACGCUAAUGCACCAAUGCCAUGGAUAGGCCUAUACGCUGCUUUAGCAUCUCUAACGUGGACUCUUUUACUUGUUCUUGAUGCAGUGAUCUCUAUACACAGUAGAAAAUUAUGGUUCCCCUGCAGAUAUUCUGCUCUCAAUGCUGUUUCCAUGACUGCGUUAUCCAUCGCAGUGAAGUUGUCAAUGGAUCUAACUACCCCGAUGAAAGUAUUUACAAGUAAAAUGUAUUUGGAAGACAAGUAUAAAGAAUUGCGUGCAAGAAUUUCGGCAGAGGAACUACAAGGAGGCGAAUUAAUGGACUUUGACAAGUUAAAGUCACGAGUGAAGAAGUACUGGGUGAUGGCAGAAACAGGUAACCCUCAGUUUGUAAUGGCACGAUCUGAGGCCAGUGGCGUUUUAUUCUUGAUCUGCGCCAUUAGUUGUAGCUAUAAUGCAGGUUAUGCAACAAUGUUGCUUGAAAAAAUUAAGUUAAAUUUUACCUCCAGCUAUAAGUGUUCAGUAUAUUUUGUUUUUUCGACACAAUAUGUAGGUAUGGCUUUUUGCACUGUCAUGUCUUUAGGAAGAUUUUUAGUAGCUUUACUUCACACUGUACGGAAUAUUAGAAAAUAUAACAUCUCUAGCAUUUCUUCAGAAAUAAAGAAUUACAGAAUCGAAAGAUUGGUAGAGUGGAAAAAAAGACUCCCACCAUUACAAGUUCGAGGCCAGAAGUGUAGAAAAAUUAUUUAUCACAUCAGAAAUCUACUUCUCAACAUUUGUAUAGGAAGUCAGAUAGUGAUUGUGAUCACGAAUAAAUUGCUUCUGCCAAUCUCAAUUUUUGGACCUCUAUGCUUAUUGAUGCUUUAUCAAGUAAUCCCAUUGAGCUUCGUACUCUUUAUUGGUAUCUUGAGGAAGAGAAUCAUUAGAUGUUUUGUGAUGUUGAAGCAAUUUUUCUUAAGGGAAUCCGAGGACUUGGUCAUUCCCAAUGAACCAGAACACAUUCUUGGUUAUGAGCAAGAUAUUAGAAAUUUUGUUUUACUUCUAGAAAGUGAGGCAAUACAAGAUGGAUACCUAAGGUUUGUUAACACUUCUAUUAAUUCAUGCAUAAAGAUGGGUGCAAAGUGUCAGCCUAGAUAUCUAAUGGAGCUUAUGGAGAAUUCCACCAGCUCCGAGGGUGUAUUAAAAUUUGAAAGUGAUCAAGUCUCUCCGAUAAUUCUCCCAGAACCUCUUAAUUGCUGGAGUCUAUCCGUGGCAACACUAACAAGCAUCAUUGAAGCUCUUCCCAACAUUCAUAAUGAGAAGAGGAAUCGGUUGUUAAAAAGCGUCAUUGAAGGUUUUAGGUAUGUGCACCUCAUAGAGAAAGAUGUGGAUGUUUAUAAAAAAUUGGAAAGUAGCACGAGCACUACAGAUUUUGCAUGGGUUUUAGUUGAAUUUAGACACAAGUGGUUAGACAUGGACCUCCAAAAAAUUGCCAGGGUAUCAAAAUCGUCCAAAGAAACUCUUAAGAAUCUUGCAAAUAGAAGUGAAGAAAAUUUGAAGGAAUUCACAAGUAGAAUGAAUGGAAAUGCCAUGGAAAGCUCAGUUCACUUGCCUAAAAAUAUCAUAAUUGCUAAUUCAAUGUACAAAAUCUGCAACAGUUUACUGUUGGUCUAUGAGGAAAGCUAUCAUUCAGCAUCANUCAAAUUUUUAAAAAGAAAGAAAAGGUAG